CAAUUCACAAACACUCCCUUAUUUUCUCCCUCCUUCCAAUUUUCUCUCUCCUCUCUAAUUACCCAUCACUCACUGCGAAACAACUUCGCCAAAAAAUUUGCUGUAACAACAAACCCACCCCAUUUUCAAACGAAAAUCACUCACUGACUCUCUUAGAUCACUCAAUUCUCUCUCUUUUUUCUCCUUUUCUCUCUCCUCUUUGUUUGUUUCUGUUAUGGAAGAUAAUCGCCGGCGAUACAGACUCCGGCCAAAACCAACGGUAUUUUCUGGGUGAAUUCAGAACUGUAACAACGCACAUAAAACUUUUAAAAAACUAACCCCAUUUUGUGUGUGUGUGGGUGGAGGAGAAAAAAAAUUAGUAAUUUGUUGUGAUUCGGCAAAUGUCGGCCGCGGCGGGGAACGCAGCAGCGGGGGAAGCCGCGGGGGAGGAGGCGACGGCGAAAGCCGUACACAAGAGGUACGAAGGACUAGUGUUGGUGAGGAACAAGGCGAUAAGGGGUAAAGGGGCUUGGUACUGGGCCCACUUGGAGCCAUUGUUGGUUCACAACGCCGACAACGGGCUACCGAAGGCAGUGAAGCUAAAGUGUUGUUUAUGUGACACCAUGUUUAGUGCUUCUAACCCUUCUAGAACAGCUUCUGAGCAUCUUAAGAGAGGCACUUGUCCUAAUUUUAGCUCUCCUACUACGCCUAGACCUUUGUCAUCUGUUUCACCUCCGCCACCACCGGCGGAGUCUCAGUCCCAGUGUCUGUCAUCUGGUGCCGGAGGUGGUGUUAUUACUAGUACUAAUAACAAUAAUAAUAGUACUGGUAAUACUGCUCAGGCCCCGGCUCCGCAGUACAACCACCGGAAGAGGAGUUCUUCAUCGUCUUCCGGUGGUGGUAGUGGUUUGGGUGUUGGGGUUGGGAGUGGUGGGACCACCCCCACCGCCAACACGAACACCAACGCCAACGCUAGCACUAUGGGGAACACAAACGCUCCGUUUGUGCCCCCUAUUAGUGUGAUUGACCCGUCUCGGUUCUCGGCUGAGAUGGGUUUUUCGAUUGGUGGUGCAUUAGUUCAUCCGACGCAACCACAUCAUCAAGUAAGUGCUCAACAAAAUCAGCAACAAUUGGUACUGAUGAGCGGUGGUGGUGGUGGAGGGAAAGGUGAUGAAAUGUCGGAUGCUAGGGGUUUGUUUGAGGACAGUAUAAAGAGAUUGAAGAGCCCUAAAACAUCACCUGGGCCUUCUCUAAGCAAGUCCCAAAUUGAGUGUGCACUUGAUUAUUUGAGUGAUUGGGUGUAUGAGUCAUGUGGGUCUGUGUCAUUUUCAAGCCUUGAACACCCUAAGUUCAAAGCUUUUCUUAAUCAAGUCGGUGUCCCUGAGGUUUCCAAGAGAGAGUUUUGUGGGUCUAGGUUGGAUUCUAGGUAUGAGGAGACAAGGAAUGAGUCCGAGGGUAAGAUUAGGGAUGCUGUCUUCUUCCAAAUUUCAACUGAUGGGUGGAAGCGCAAGGGUGGUUUUGAGGAUAAUUUGGUGAAUCUGACUGUGAAUUUGCCUAAUGGUACUAGUGUUUACCGGAGGGCGGUGUUUACUGGUGGUCAGGUGCCUUGUAAGUACGCCGAGGAGGUGUUGUGGGAAACAAUGGCGGAGAUUUGUGGCAAUGCUUUGCAGCAGUGUGUAGGAAUAGUAGCUGAUAAGUUUAAGAAUUCUGCUUUGAAGAAUUUAGAGAAUCAGAAUCAGUGGAUGGUUAAUCUUUCUUGUCAGUAUCAGGCCUUUAAUAGUUUAAUAAAGGAUUUCUAUAGGGAACUUCCUUUGUUUAAAAAUGUUGCUGAGAAUUGCCUUAAGCUUGCAAACUUUGUGAACAACAAAACCCAGGUGCGAAAUAGCUUCCAUAAGUACCAACUGAGGGAGUAUGGUAUGGCUGGUUUACUUCGUGUGCCUAUGAAAGAGCACGAAAUUUUGAAUUUUGAGCCUAUUUAUGCUUUGAUAGAAGACAUAAUGAGCUCAGCUCGAGUUCUUCAAUUAGUCCUCUUAGAUGAAUCAUACAAGAUAGUAUCAAUGGAGGACCCAAUUGCUAGGGAAUUUGGGGAGAUGAUUCGAGAUGUUGGGUUUUGGAACGAUUUAGAUGCAGUGCGCUCGUUGGUGAGAUUAGUGAAGGAAAUGGCUCAUGAAUUUGAAACUGAUAGGCCUUUAGUUGGGCAAUGCCUUCAUAUGUGGGAAGAACUUAGAACCAAGGUGAAAGAUUGGUGUGUUAGGUUCCACAUUGCUGAAGCACUCGUUGAAAAGCUGAUUGAACGACGUUUCAGGAAAAACUACCAUCCUGCUUGGGCUGCUGCUUAUAUCCUUGACCCCUUAUAUUUAGUAAGGGACAGCAGUGGGAAGUACCUUCCACCCUUCAAAUACCUGACACCUGAACAAGAAAAGGAUGUUGACAGGCUCAUUACUAGAUUGGUUUCAAGAGAAGAAGCACACAUUGCAUUAAUGGAGUUAAUGAAAUGGAGGACUGAAGGGCUUGAUCCUGUUUAUGCACAAGCUGUACAGUUAAAGCAGAAAGAUCCCUCUACUGGGAAAAUGAAGAUUGCCAAUCCUCAUGGUAGUAGGCUUGUUUGGGAAACUUAUCUUCCAGAUUUUAAGUCUUUGGGGAAGGUGGCUAUUAGGCUUAUCUUUCUUCAUGCUACUGCUCGAGGGUUUAAAUGUAAUUCUUCAUUCUUGAAAUGGGUUCAAGCUCAUGGUCGUUCGAGGUUGGGAACAGAUAGGGCUCAGAAGAUGAUUUUCAUUGCUGCUCAUUCCAAGCUUGAUAGAAGAGAUUACACUAGUGAUGAAAAUAAGGACGAGGAGCUUUUCGCAGCAUCAACCGUAGCUGGAGCUUCGGAUGAUGAAUCUGUUGGAUUUGGAAGGCCUCCGUAGGUCCAUCAGUAAACUCAGGGAGUAAGAGGAAGCUGAAAAAGGCUUCAUCAGAAAAAUAAACAGUAACAGCCAGUAACUGCUGCACUUGUCUAAGGCGGUUUUCAGAUUUGGAUGGCAGUUUUCAGAUUAGGAUGGCGGUUUUCAGAUUUGGAUGGCGGUGGCAUGGUUUCUGAGGUGUUGCAAUUAGCUGGAGUUGCACUUGAUUUUGUGUAUGCAAAACAGAGUGUAGAAGAACCCCACCAUAAAAGGAAGUGGGAGUCUUUUUUGAACCUUUAGGUGGUUGCUGUCUGGCUCAGCAGAAAAAAGAAAAUGAAAAACAAAAGUUUUAAGUUGGCGGUCUCGUUACAUCAAAUCAGGGUUUGAAUUAGCUAGCUUCUGUUUGAAAACAUCAAACUUCAGCUCAUGAUGUUCAUGCAGAAGACUGUAUGGUUGAUGCAUCUCAAUUCUAUGUGCGAGUGAGUGCGCGAGUACUGUUUCGCGGAGGACCCCAGAUUGACGGAAAGACUGUCGGAAAAGUAACAAACAGAUGAGAAUCUGAUUGAGAUUUCACAACAAAUUUUGAUUUGAAGAUCAGGUUUUUGUGAUACCAAUCUGAUAAUUUUGCAGGAGAUAGGGAGGAAUUUAGUCAAUAAUUUAGGCAGUUUUAGUCCAUGUACAUUUGCUUCCAUUUUAAGUUUGCAACUUUUUUUAGUCAGUUUCAAUUUCAUUUUAACUUUCUGUCAAUAAUAAUUAAUUACUUAUCAUCUU